CAUCCGAGACCUUAGACAAAGGGGGCCGCCUCCGGCGCGCAGCCACUGCGGAAAGUUGCGGUGGCGGAUUUCCAAGAAGCCUGGCCGCGUCCCGAGCUCUGGGCGCUGCGAGCUCCCCUUUCCCACCCACGCUGAGACGGAGACGGGAACCGGCUGGCGACGGAAAGAGGAAACUUUGAAACCACUGGGGACACCUCUGUCUAUAGGCCUGCAGCGAACGCCCCGAGCCGCGGAGGCUACGCCUACCACUCGGCCGGACACUAAGAGUUAAGAUGUGGCGGAAGGGGUGGCGGGAGAGGGGCGGGGCGGAGAAAGUGGCGAGGGGGCGGGAGCCUGGGGGACCGCGGCUUUCCAGCGUCGACGACGCGCUGCCUAAAUUAAAAAGCAACCAAUCGGAACGGCCGGAAGGGGGGGCCUCGCGUCCGGAGCCAGUCAUUCCGGGCCUGCCAAUCACCCAGCAGGUAGCCAAUCAGCGGGGGCCCUGGUGCUCGACUUCCUUGUAUUUGGGAAAGUGUGGUGGUGGGUGCGCGCUCGCGGCGGAGGGUAAACAUUCGACAGUCCCCGCUCAGAGAGGGAGGGACGCAGAGCGAACUGUCAGAUCGAGCGCCGGCGGGCGGGCGGGCGAAAGGGGAGCGGGAGGAAGAGGGAAAGUGAGGGAGGAAGAGAGCGCGCAAACCAGGGCGCGAGCGAGCGCCCGCUGCAACUCCGCUCCGCACGGUCCGCGUCCGCGCCAGCCGUGCACCCUACAAGCCGCACAGCGUGCCCACUGGAGUUGGUUGUGUACCAAGGAUCCCCUAUAUGCACACACACCCCUCCAUCUCCACCAAUGCACUCUUCCUCCUCCUCCUCCUCCUCCUCCUCCUCCUCCAGACAACUGCUGGGAAAAAAAUAAAACACCAACCCCAACCUUCAGCAACAAGGUAACAGUCGUUCGACCUCGUUUUUUCUCCUGUUCAGUGUUUUUCCUUGUUAUAUUUGUUUCCUCAUUUCUGCCCAAAAGGAAAGAUGUCGCAUCAAACGGUGGCUGUGGCGAGGAGGAUGGAAAAGGACUCUUGUUUCAGAGGCAACCAAGAGCCCCGGCAGUAGCAACUGCAGAGACAUGCAGCAUCGCAGGAAGUUUUCCUAGGACAGGACAAAACUUGAGCUGCGGACCCGAAGGGAGAGCAGGAGCUCGCUCCCCGCUCCGCACGAGCCGGCAGCCAGCACCACCCCGCCUUCAAGGACUCCAAAAGUUUUCCUGCUGCCGAGGACGAGCAUCGAAAUGUAUGCGUGAGGAGGGAGGAGAGCGGCCGGGGAAGGAGCAGGCCGGCUGGCUGCGGGUCAUCCGUAAUUUGGUGCAAAAAGAAAGGAGCGGCUUCUUUCUUUGUUGUCUCCUGUGAAGUCGCCACUUAGCAGGUGGAGCGAGCCCCGUGCCCCGGCCGAGUCCGCGCUCCCGGGACCGGAGGAGGAGUGAGCC